UGCCCAGGACGCCAGCCCCAGCUGGAGGGGGACACACCACCGCAGCCCACUAUGAACGGCAAACACAAAGGAGACACUGAGGACGAACUCGGGAAUGCAGAGCACCAGCAUGAGCUGCUCCACAUCCCAGGGAAGAAGUGAGAGUCUGUGGAGAUACCAGCUCCGCUCCAGUCCCCGCGGCCCUGGCAGAUCUGGACUCUCCCUUCUGCAAGUUCAUGCUGAUGUGCAGUGGAAGUGGUGCUUGGGAACAUGGAGGCCCUCCAGGUCACACUCGACAAUGUCGCUGUCUGUGCGGCCGCAACGCCGAGUCCUUGUCGCCAAGAUCAAUAGGAGCCAGUCGUUCGCCGGAGUGAAUUCAGCCGUGGACCGGCCUUUCAGGAACCUCUCGCCCUUCACCCCUACUGUCUCCCGCAAGGCUGGCUCCAGGGUCAGUAGGAUGUUCUCAAUGUCCCACAAAUCCCCACCGCCCAAGGUGCCUCAGCCCAACCGCCUGGAUGAGGUGUAUGAAGCACUAAAGAAGGGCCUGACAGCCUACCUGGAGGUGCACCAGCUGGAACUGGAGAAGCUCAGCACCCAGAUCCGCGAGUCCAAGAGAAAUUCACGCCUGGGCUUUCUCUAUGACCUGGAUAAGCAAGUUAAGUCAAUUGAGCGCUUCCUGCGUCGCCUGGAAUUUCAUGCUAGCAAGAUAGAUGAGCUCUACGAGGCCUAUUGCAUCCAGCGGCGGCUCCGUGAUGGGGCCCACAACAUGGUCAAGGCUUACAGCACAGGGUCACCGGGUAGCCGAGAGGCACGUGAGAGCCUGGCCGAGGCCAGCAAGGGGUAUAAGGAGUACACAGAGAACAUGUGCCUGUUGGAGAGCGAGCUGGAGAGUCAGCUGGGCGAGUUCCAUGUCCGGAUGAAAGGACUGGCAGGUUUUGCCCGGCUGUGUGCUGGUGACCAGUACGAGAUCUUUAUGAAGUACGGACGGCAACGGUGGAAGUUGCGGGGGCGCAUCGAGGUGAACAGCAAGCAGGUGUGGGACAGUGAGGAGAUGGUUUUCUUGCCUCUCGUCACCGAGUUCCUCUCCAUCAAGGUGACAGAGCUUAAGAGCCUAGCCAACCAUGUCGUGGUGGGCAACGUGUCGUGUGAGACCAAGGACCUGUUCGCAGCUCUACCCCAGGUAGUGGCUGUGGAUAUCAAUGACUUGGGUACCAUCAAACUCAGCCUGGAGGUGACCUGGAACCCCUUCGACAAGGAUGACCAGCCCUCGGCAGCCAGCACUGUCAACAAGGCCUCCACGGUGAACAAGCGGUUCUCUACCUACAACCAGAGCCCCCCCGACACACCAUCCCUGCGGGAGCAGGCUUUCUAUAGCCCAGCGCGGGCAGCCGACAAGCAUGGCUGGUCCUUGUUGGACAUCUUUCGGGAGACACUCUUCGAGAAGCUGUCUCAGAGCUGUUCCUGCGGCGACGUCUCCUCGGUCGAGCUCAGGAGAUGGCCGCAGCAGGGCUGCAACAUGCUGCGGCGCCAGGAGGAGCUGGAGAAUGGCACAGCCUGGUCCAUCUCCUCGGAGUCAUCAGAUGAUUCCUCGAGCCCCCAGCUGUCAGGCAAUACCCGCCACACUGUGCACAAGCCUAUUGUGCAGCCAGAGGUGCAGGCCUCGGCCCCUGCCAUCGAGAUCUCCUUCUCCCAGCAGCAGGAGGCAGGGGCUGGAGCCAGCAUCCCCGCCAGGCCAGGGAUGCCCGACCGGCCAGAGGAGCAAGAUAGCUCCAAGAAGGAUGUGGUGGCCAAUGGGCAUGUGCCCUACUCUCGAACUCUGAGCCACAUCAGUGAAGCCAGUCUGGACACCACAGUGGAGGCCAAGGCUGUGGAGAGCACGUGGGAGCCCUCUCCAAGCCCAGAAGACUCUGGCCCAGGCGAGCCGAACACAGACUCCCUCCCCGGUGCCUCAAAUAUGUUGCCGGCAGCCUGGGCAGAGCAGGACAGAGGCCUCGAGGCCAAGCCCCGCGCCAUGGUAUCAUGGGCUGAGUCCUGCGAGUCGGAGGCCACACAGGUAGAGCCGGUGGUCAGCCAAGUGCCAGCGCAGGGUGACUGUGACACCACGGCCCCCACACAGGCCCCGGCCCCGGCACACACCUCCGUGGAGAUGCCCAUCCACACCCCACUCCUGCCUGCCGGUCCCCCUGAGGUCCCACGAGUGAAGGCCGUGGACUCAGGCCUGGAGGAGGCCAUCAGCCUCUUGGGUUCAGCCCUGGAUGACUAUCGGGGACAGUUCCCAGAGCUGCAGCCCCUCGAACGGGAGCUCAAACACCUGGAGGAGAUCCUGCUGCACAAGCAGGGUGUGUUCCUCAGCCGGGCCUCCAGCAUCAGUCUCACGGUGGAGCACGCGCUGGAGAGCUUCAGCUUUCUCAACACCUCCGACAUAGACGACUCAGAGGGCUCUGAGGAGGAAGCCAUCCGGGAUGAGAGGAGGGCUGGCAAACCCCGGCGUGGGAGUGGGGCUCCCAGCGCUGGUGAGAUGGGGGCAGACGACACUGGCUUGUGCAGCUGCUCCGAGAGCAGCACGGACCCCAUGAGUACUGGCAACGAGUUUCUGGAUAAGUCCCUGGUGCUUCAUCUCAACAACUGCAACUGCCUGCUGCUGAAGCUGGGCACCUUCGGACCCCUGCGGUGCCGGGAGAUGUAUGCCCUGGACAGGUUGCUGCGGGAGGCACAGGUGCUGGAGAUCGUGUGCCAGCUAACAGAGGAGCGAUCGGGAGCAGCCAGCUCUGCUGCCGAAGUGGUGCAGUUCUCAACACAGAAGGAGGGAGUGCUGCCCCUUUGGGACCUCUGCGUGGAGGUACCCAAUGUCUACACCUGCCCUGUGGAGCGGUUCCUGCAGGUCCUGAGCACCCAGUAUGCAGCGCUUAUCAGUGAGCGGCACCCUGGCCUAGCUGAUGCAGUGUGUGUGAAGCUGGUGGAGGACGUGCUGAAUCGACGGCUGCCCCGGCGACCUGGCAGUGCCCAGAGCGAGCAGGUCACCAUCUUCCAGUACUGGAGCCACUUUGAGUCACUCGGUGCCCUGAUGCUGGAUGCCUAUGUGAUGGAGCUGGCGGAGGAAGUGCUGCUGGCGCAAAACCUGAACUCAGACGACCAGGACGUGGUGCUGCGGGCCCUGAAACGCAUGCCUGAGGGCCGCCUCAAGAAGGAAGGACUGAAGGCACUGAGUCUACUCCUUGUGGAGGGCAACAGCAAGGUGGUGAGCGCUGUGUCAGCCCAACUCCGCAGCCUGGCUGAAAACCCUCGCUUCCGCCAACGGGCCCUCGUGUGUUACCUGGACCAGCUGGAGGAUGAGGAGGUGCAGACACGUGUGGCAGGGUGUGCAGCGCUGGGCUGUCUCAAGGCCAAGGAGAGCAUCGAGCAGCUGAUUUACCUGUGCCAAACUGACAAGGAACCCGUGCGGGAGGCAGCCAAGCAGAGCCUGAUGCUGUGUGGGGAGGACGGUAAAUUGGCUCACCGGCGGCUGGAGGAGUCCCUGGACAGCCUCCCGAGGAUCUUUGCACCAGCCAGCAUGGCCAGUACAGCUUUCUGAGACACCACACACACCUGCCUGCCAUCCCUCAGGGCAAAGGCACCGCUGGGCUGACUGGGCUUACAUGGACUGGGCCAAGCCAGCACCCAGAGGCUCCCACCCUCAGCAGCACACUGCAGUAUUACCCCUACCAGCAGCUUGCCGCAGCCGCUCACUGCCUUACAGAGCACCGCUUCCCCUGCCCCUAGACACUGGCCAUUUGGAGUGCCCUGUACACACCCCUGGGCAGGGGGGCUCGCUGCACCUCUCACCCUUUGAUUGGUAUUUAAAUUGCUGGGGAGCUUGCCCUACCCAGCCCUUCGUUGGCAACAGCUGCUGAGACUGGAGCAGGGCAGAGAUGUACCUGACUUCUCUGCCACUUCCCUCCCGUUGUGCGAGGGCACACGCCCUUCCCCAGAAGGACCUGCACUUUGGAAACGAUGCUGUUUCUUCCCAGGAGUUUCCUGGGCUGUGGGGACUGUCACCCUUUGCCAUCUGGAGUCCCCAGGACUUAAAUAAAAUGAUAUAUGAGAUAUUAAUAUAUUCUGCUGGCAUUUCUUCUUUCCAGCUCCACAUGCUCCUGUCCCUCCCCAGGCCUGGCUGUAGGGGGGUGCAGUGAGAUACGGCCCCAGCCCAGAGCCUUUCCCAGUCUCUUGGGAAGCACUGUGGAGGGCAGGGGCAGGAGGAGCAAAAGACGGAGGGCUGGACAGACGGAUGGACAGAAGCUGCCACUUUUUUUGGUUUUAUUUUAUUUUUUAUUUACAGAUUUUUGCAGAAAAACAAAAGCAAAAAAUUCUUUUCUAUAAUGUCUCUAUAAAUCUAUAUAUAAUGUAAUUACAGAGAAUGACUAAUUUUGAUUUUAAACCAGAAAUAAAAACAAACCUUUAAUGAG